GAUUUACAAGUCAGCAAUUGACGAUCAUCUAAUGGUCACGUGCAUAGCACGUGCCAAACGCUGGUUCCAGAGAAGUCCUCCCGGAAGUAUAGAGGGGCGGCGAUAGGGCUCGGACUCUCGGCAAGCAAGAGAGGUCUUUGGAUCGAGGAAAGAGAGGGAGAGAAAGAGAGAGAAAGGGAUGGGGAAGACGCCUGUGCGGAUGAAGGCGGUGGUGUACGCGCUGUCGCCGUUCCAGCAGAAGGUGAUGUCGGGGCUGUGGAAGGAUCUCCCCGGAAAGAUCCACCAAAAGGUUUCCGAGAACUGGCUCAGCGCCACCCUCUUACUCUCUCCCGUCGUCGGCACCUACACUUAUGUUCAGUAUUAUCUGGAGAAGGAGAAGCUAGCCCACAGGUACUGAGGUUGAAAUGCCCAUGUUGAAGUCAUCCGGGUCAUAAAAGAGUUGUUCAGAGUUAUGUUGCAGUGUCCUCUAAUGUGAAACCUCUUAAAGUUCUUAUUAUGCUCCAAACUGCAUCAUGUUUGCUUUUGAAUAAUUGAGUGUGAACUGAUUUUUGUUAGUUACAUGGUUGUACUAUUCCACCUACCUACAUUUUUGAUGAUCAUGUCUUUUAUCUUCAAUGAUGAGCGGACACUGAAGAUUUUGAAUAGGACCUUGGUUGUAGAGCUUUGCUGGUGCA